AUGGGAAAUAUUUCUCAAUUCAAAUCUAAACUUUUCUUUAUUUUAUUCCCAUUUUCCUUCUUUAUUUGGCUUAUAUUUCCUUCUUCAUUUGGUUCCCUUUUAUUUCUUUAUUUGUUUCAUUUGUUCUUCUUUAUUUGUUUCAUUUGUUCUUCUUUAUUUGGUUCAAUUUUCCUUCUUUAUUUGAUUCAAUUUUCCUUCUUUAUUUGGUUCAAUUUUCCUUCUUUAUUUGGUUCAAUUUUCCUUCUUUAUUUGGUUCAAUUUUCCUUCUCUAUUUGGUUCAAUUUUCUUUCUUUAUUUGGUUCAAUUUUCCUUUUUUAUUUGAUUCAAUUUUCCUUCUUUAUUUGGUUCAAUUUUCCUUCUUUAUUUGAUUCAUUUUUCCUUUUUUAUUUGGUUCCAUUUUCUUUCUUCAUUUGGUUACUUAUUUUUUAUUUAUUUCAUUCAUUUUGUUUUCUUUCUUUUUUGUUCCCUUUUUUUAGGUCAUUUGCAUUUCCUUUUAUUUUUAUUGUCUUUGUUUUCCUUCUUCAUUUGGUUCAAGCAUUUUUUCUUUUUGUUCCCUUUGUUUUCUUUUUCCUUCUUUCUUUGAUUUAUUUGUUUUCCCUUUUUUUUCCUGUUAGAAUUCCUUAUUUCUUUUGUACCCUUACUUUUUUCUUCUUUCUUUUAAACCCUUUCUUUUUCUUCUUUCUUUUGUACCCUUACUUUUUCUACUUUCUCUUGUACCCUUACAUUUUCAACUUUUUCUUGUACCCUUACUUUUAUUCUUUUUUUCUUCUUUCUUUUGUACCCUUACUUUUUCUUCUUUUUUUUGUACCCUUACUUUUUCUACUUUCUCUUGUACCCUUAUAUUUUCAACUUUAUCUUGUACCCUUACUUUUAUUCUUUUUUCUUCUUUCUUUUGUACCCUUAUUUUUUGUCAUUUCUUAUGUACCCUUACUUUUUCAACUUUCUCUUGUAACCAUAUUUUUUCUUCUUUCUUUUGUUAACUUAGCUUUCCUUUAUUCACUCACUUUUUCUUCCCUUUUUAUCCGUAUUUUCCCUUCUUUCUUUUGUUCUCUUAGCUUUCCUUUUUUAUUUGGUACCAUUGCUUUUACAUUAUUUCCCUUAAUUUUUCUUCUUUUUUAUUCACUUCUAAUUUUAUUCCUUCUCAUUCAUGAACGUUCUUCCACUGAAAGCCUGGCGCGGCGUGCGGACAUAGUUGAAGCCGCUGAAGCCAACCUUUCAGUCCUCGCAGCGGCGCUUUCCAUGGAUAAGCGAGCAGCUGAGCUCGAGGCCAUCUGUGAAAGACACAAAGAAGUCUGUUCAGGGGUUUCACUCGCCCUCGCUGCUCUAGCAGCGGAGGCAGCUGCCGUGCGCCGUCCCAAAAGUUUCCUCCUUUUAGGUGGCAUCCAAACAGUGAAAACGUCAAAGAGGGUAAAGCUUAAAAAGAGAUUUCGACAAAUCCAAAACGAAAAAAACGUGCACUGCUAA